GCGGGGGGCCGCUCGCCCAAGGGCGAGAGCCAACAACCGAGCCACGCGCCAGGGAUCAAAGCCCACCCCUCUCGAGGUCGUGGCAGGUUGUCCGGUCAGAAUUACCUCCCCACCUUCGAUCGCCAUCACCAAUUCGCUUUCUUCCCUGUCCCUGCAUCACACAUACCCGUCCUCAGGAAGCCCCUGCUCCCACGGCCGCAUACACGCACUGCUGCCCACCCGCAUCCCCCGCCACCAUGGAGCACAUGCGAAAGGGCCGAAAGAUGGCCGAGCGGUCAUUGGCGCUGGCCCGCCUGGCCGGCGACUCGUCCAGCUGGCAUGACCACCACAAGGGAUCGGCAUACAUCCACAUUGGCGGCCUGCAUCCGGGCCUCACCGAGGGGGAUGUCAUUUGCGUCCUGUCGCAGUUCGGCGAGCCGGUGGACAUCCACCUAGUCCGCGACCAUAAGACUGGCGUCAGCCGGGGCUUCGGCUUUGUGGCCUUCGAGGACCAGCGGUCCACCAACCUGGCCGUGGACAACCUCAACGGCGUGGAGCUGCUCGGGCGCACGCUUUCCGUGUCGCACGCCAACUAUCAGCCCCGGCCGAAGAUGGAGAAGGGCGAGGAUGGCCGAUGGCGCGAGCGCGAUCUGACCGAGGAGGAGCUUGCCGAGGAGGCACGCAAACGCAAGGCGCUGUCUUUGCAUCCGGAAGACAUCCGGGAUAACAUCGCCACCCUGGGUUUGACAUUGGUCCGGGCGCCGGUGUCCACAUCCCGGAUCCUGGUUGAGCAGGCAUUCACCGGUGGGCCUGCAUCGGGUGCGGCGCCGGCCACGACGGCCGAGGAUGACGCGGAUGUCGAUCCCUUCGCGGCCGGUGGCACAAUGGACGACAUUUCGGCCCAGCUGGAUGCCGAGAUCGCGGCCAUCAUCCAGCAAACAUCCCAGGGCCCGGAGGAAAAGCGCCGAAAGAAGAGGCGCACCAAGACCCCCUCGGAGCCGCCGGCCAGUGAGAUCCCCGCCGGGGAUGGCCAUUUGCCUGCAUCCGGCGCUGAGUCUCCCACAGGGCGGGCCUCUCGCGACCGGAGCCGGAGCCCGGGUCGCGGCGACCGUAGCCGUAGCCCCGACCGGCGUCGGGCCCGGUCGGUUGAUCGAUCGCCCAGGCGACACAGCCGUAGCCCCUCUCCCCUUCAGCCGGCCCGCGGCCCGGUUGACGCCGACCAGGAGCAUGGGCGUGGGCCUGGCCGUGAUCGUGGCCGCGAUCGUGAUCGCAGUUACAGCCCUCCCCGCCAGCGAUGGCGGAGUCGCAGUCGUAGCCGCAGCCCCGGUGGGCGGUCCGACCGCGCCCCCGAUGGACAUCGUCGCCGGAGUCGCAGUCCCCCCUCCUACCGUGAUCGGAGUCACAGCCCGGAUGCUCGCCGUGGUCGUAGCCCGGACGCUCGCCGUGGUCGUAGCCCGGAUGCUCGCCGUGGUCGUAGCCCCUCCCGGUGGCAAGAUCACUCUCGGAAUGACUCUCGGCGGUACUGAUGGCGGGAUUAGACUGCUCCAUGUCCGGUGCAUUGGAAUCCACGCCAAGUGCAUCUCCUCCUCUCUCCCCCAAACACAUACACACAUACAUACAUUAAACUGCAUGCACACCUGCGUAAUGCUCCUGGACAGUAUGGGUGUGCUCAUGCCUUGGUCCCAGGCCAUGCGCACAUACACUCAGGCUGGAGCUUCUUUUUCUCUGUGUGCGUAGGUGUGACGGCGAAGCGUCGAAUACACACGCAUCA